UACCCUUCCUUGCCUAAGUUGUAUAGCCAAGUAGUAGUAAACACGUUAAGCCAUAAUGCUAACGGCCACGCAGCUUCUAGGGUCAGUAGUGCUCUCCCCGAGCAAUGGCCCUUCUUCCUUCACCAGCACAGUAUCGUCAAGCCGAAGGACGGCGGCGCCUUGCCGGGGACGGAGCAGCACUCGCCGUACCGUCUCCAAAGUAAGCUGCAGCAGCGACACCUUGACCGAGGCCAAUGGGCAAGCCGUACGCACGCAGCCGGUCGACGACACCGGCUUCAGCACGACGCUGCAGCACCAUCACCAGCACCAGCACCCGCACCCGCCCCCGCACGAGAAGACGAUCACGAUGAAGGCCACGGUGACGGUGCACACGAAUAAAGAUGCGGAUCGCGAUACGCUGAUGGACCUGUGGCAUAAAGAAUGGCUACUUCUUGAGCUCGCCAGCUCGGAGUUGAAUCCAAAAACGGGGCAGGAGAGGGAGCGAGUAUCCUGCCACGCCAGGCACUCGUGCAAGCACGACGACGAGUUUGACAUGUACGAGGCCACCUUCACCGUGCCGGCCUCGUUCGGCCCCGUCGGCGCCGUGCGCGUCCAGAACGGCUACGACCGCGAGAUGUUACUCGGGGACAUCAAGGUCUUCCACGACGGCAAGGAGUCAUCCGCCGUCACCUUCCACGGCAACUCCUGGAUCCACUCCUCGGUCCAGGACCCCCGAAUGCGCACUUUCUUCCCUCUCAAGUCCUACCUCCCGUCGCAGACGCCCAAGGGCGUGGAGCAGCUGCGCAGGGACGAGCUGGAGGCCAUCCGCGGGACCGGCUACCACGUGCGCGAGGAAUUCGAGCGCAUCUACGACUACGACGUGUACAACGACCUCGGCGACCCCGACCACGACCUCGCCACCAAGCGGCCGGUGCUCGGCGGCAAGGAACACCCCUACCCGCGACGCUGCCGCACGGGCCGCGCUCGCAGCAAGAAAGACCCGUUGUCGGAGGUGCGGGCCAAUGAGCGGAUUUACGUGCCCCGGGACGAGGCGUUCACGGAGCGCAAGGAGGGGGCGUUCCAAGCCAAGUAUACGUUGUCGGCGCUGCACGCGUAUUGCACCAAGACGAGGACGUCGGAGCACAAGAACCUGAGCUUCCCCUCGGCCGGGCCUGUCGACGCGCUGUUCGAGGAAGGCUCUAAGAACCAGCCGAAGGAGGUCGAGGGGAGCUUGCUGGGCAGCUUAAUCUCCCAGCUUGAGAAGGAGCUAACCAACGUCCUCAAGGGCGAAACUGAGGAAUUCGUGAAGGAUCUACGCAAAAUCUUCAAGUUCGAAACGCCGGAAGUUCACGACAAGGACAAGUUUGCAUGGUUCAGAGACGAGGAGUUCGCGCGACAAACUCUUGCAGGGAUGAACCCACUGAGCAUCGAGCUAGUCACGAAGUUCCCUAUUGUCAGCAAGCUCGACGAGGGAACCUACGGCCGCGGGGAUUCUCUUAUCACCAAAGAGCUGAUAGAAGAGCAGAUAAACAGGGUCAUGACAGCAGAGGAGGCCGUUAAGAACAAGAAGCUGUUCAUGCUGGACUACCACGACAUGCUCCUGCCUUACGUGAACACGGUGCGCAAGCUGAACGACACGACCCUGUACGGCUCGCGAACGCUCUUCUUCCUGACCGAGGACGAAACGCUCCGGCCAAUCGCUAUCGAGCUGACGAGGCCCAAGUCCCCGACCAAGCCGCAGUGGCGCCAGGUGUUCACGCCGGGGUCGGACUGCGUCACCGGAUCCUGGCUGUGGCAGCUCGCCAAGGUCCAUGUCCUAGCUCAUGACACCGGCUACCACCAGCUUGUUAGCCACUGGUUGAGGACGCACUGCUGCGUUGAGCCGUACAUCAUCGCGGCGAACCGUCAGCUGAGCCAGAUGCACCCCAUAUACCGGCUGCUGCACCCGCACUUCCGGUUCACGAUGGCGAUCAACGCCCUGGCGCGCGAGUUACUCAUCUGCGCGGAUGGAUUCAUCGAGAGCAGCUUCGCGCCGGGGAAGUACUGCAUGGAGCUCAGCUCAGCGGUUUACGACAAGUUCUGGCAGUUCGACAUGGAGGCCCUGCCGGCCGAUCUGAUCCGAAGGGGCAUGGCGGCACAAGGAAAGGAUGGCAAUCUGGAGCUGAGCAUAAAGGACUACCCGUACGCCAACGACGGUCUGCUAGUGUGGGAUUCCAUCAAGGAGUGGGCGUCAGACUACGUGAAGCAUUACUCCCGGUACACGGAAGAUAUCAAGGACGAUACGGAGCUCCAGCACUGGUGGGGAGAGGUGAUUGAGAAAGGCCAUGCCGACAAGAAGCACGAGAAGUGGUGGCCAAAGCUAGACAGCCACGAGAGCCUGGUCCAGGUCCUCACCACCAUCAUGUGGGUCACCUCGGGCCACCACGCAGCGGUGAACUUCGGCCAGUACCCCUUCGCCGGGUACUUCCCGAACCGCCCGACCAUCGCCCGGAGGAACAUGCCGCCGGAUAUGGGCCUCGAGGACAUGAGCGCUUUCGUGGAGGAUCCGGAGAAGGUGCUGCUGGACACGUUCCCGUCCCAGUACCAGAGCACCCUCGUGCUGCCGGUGCUGGACGUCCUGUCGUCGCACUCGUCGGGCGAGGAGUACAUGGGCACGCACGCCGAGCGGGCGUGGCUCGCGGAUGAGAAUAUCAAGUCGGCCUUCGAGCAGUUCCAAGGGAGGAUGGCUGAGAUCGCGGGGAGGAUCGACGAGAGGAACAAGGACCCGACGCGGAAGAACCGGUACGGCGCCGGCGUGGUGCCGUAUGUGCUGCUCAAGCCGUCCCACGACGAUCCCAAAACGGUGAUGGAAAUGGGCAUCCCGUACAGCAUCUCCAUUUGAGCUGCGCAGAUGGGCCAUGUCUA